UAUCAAGUGAAAGGCCACCAGAUUAUCCUUAAGAAAGAGUUACCUUCGGCAACCGGAAAGUUUUUUUUCUUUCUAAAAGAUUUCUCUGCUGUAAAUAUCCAUGAUGUUGCUUAUUCAGAUGCUUUUUCUUUUCCUUCUUGGACACAGUUGAUGGAGUUCACACAUAAGUCAUAUGAGGUGAAUUCUAGGGGAUUGGAAAUUUUCUCGACAAGUUGGCUUCCAGAGGCCUCCCAGCCCAAGGCAAUGGUGUUCUUUUGUCAUGGUUAUGGGGAUACUUGCACAUUUUUUGCUGAAGGAAUUGCCAGGAAAUUGGCAUCAUGUGGAUAUGGAGUUUUUGCAAUGGAUUACCCUGGAUUCGGCCUGUCCGAAGGUCUUCAUUGCUAUAUUGAUAGCUUUGACAGGCUUGUGGAUGAUGUGAUGGAGCAAUACACCAAAAUUAAAGAGAAUCUUGAUUUUCGGACUCUUCCAUGCUUCCUCUUCGGCCAGUCCAUGGGUGGAGCAGUGGCUCUGAAGUUGCAUCUAAAGCAACCUAACGCCUGGAGUGGUGCAUGUCUUGUUGCUCCUAUGUGCAAAAUAGCUGACAACAUGGUUCCACUCUGGAUACUGAAGCAAAUUCUGAUUGGUGUGGCUAAUAUUCUUCCAAAACAGAAGUUAGUCCCACAGAAGGAUUUGGCGGAGGCGGGAUUUAGAGACAUUAAGAAGAGAAAACUGGCUCGUUCCUAUAAUGUUAUUGCUUACAAGGACAAACCACGCUUGUGGACUGCUCUGGAGAUGUUGAGAAUCACCAACGAGAUGGAACAAAAAAUAUGGAAAAGGUCCAGUUUCCUUUCCCCUUUCGCUAUCCACGUUUCAAAAUGA